GCAAGAAACGAAACGGAAGAGUUUCAGGGAGAGUAUGAGUUGGAGAGAAGUAAAUGACAUGUUAUUCUUUCCCCCACUUUGCCCAGGACACAAGCACCAACGGGGUCCCCCAUGAAGUAUGUGGGGGCCACUGCUGGGUGUGAUCCGCAGUUUUUUAAUCAGCCCUUUCAUAACAAACAUCUACCUCCCUCCUCCAUAACUCCAACAUGUUCACCUCUGACUACUCAUCUCAGGAGAGACACGAGCAGCAUGAGGUGGGAGAACCAGAGCAGCGUGUCCGAGUUCCUCCUCCUGGGGCUCCCCAUCCGUCCAGAGCAGCGGGGCAUGUUCUUCGCCCUGUUCCUGGGCAUGUACCUGACCACGGUGCUGGGGAACCUGCUCAUCAUCCUGCUCAUCAGGCUGGACUCGCGCCUGCACACCCCCAUGUACUUCUUCCUCAGCCAUUUGGCCUUAAAUGAUGUGUGUCUCUCAUCUGUCACUGUCCCUAAGAUCCUGACAAACAUGCACAGUGAUGACAAGUCCAUCCCCUAUGCAGCGUGCAUUUCCCAGACAUAUUUUUUAAUAUGGUUUGGUUGUUUUGACAUAUUCCUUCUUGCAGUGAUGGCCUAUGACAGGUAUGUUGCCAUCUGUCACCCACUCCACUACAAUACCAUUAUGAGGCCGGAGCUGUGUAUUUCCUUGGCAGCUGGGUGCUGGUUCUUAAGCUGUCUCCACUCUCUGUUGCACACCCUGCUCUUGGCUAGAGUGUCCUUCUGUGCUCACAAUGCCAUACACCACUUCUUCUGUGACCUCACUACACUCCUGAGGAUGAGCUGCUCAGACAUCUCUAUCAAUGAAUUGGUCAUCAGUAUUGAGGGAGGGGUGAUUGUCAUGACACCUUUUAGCGGUGUCGUUGGCUCCUAUAUCCUCAUUUGGACCACUGUUCUGAGAGAACCCUCUGCUAAGAAAUUCUUCAAAGUCCUUUCGACCUGUGGCUCCCACCUCCUCGUUGUGUCUUUAUUCUAUGGGACCAUUGCAGAAGUUUACCUUUUUUCUUCCUCAUCCACAUCCAGUGAUGAAUACAUAACUGCUUCUGUGAUGUAUAUGGUAGUCACCCCCUUGCUGAACCCCUUCAUCUACAGCCUGAGAAACAGAGACAUGAAAAGUGCCCUGGAAACACUUGUGAAUCGGAUGAUGCCUGAUUGCAACGUCACAGGUCUUGGGGUUGGAGAGUAGGAGGAUCUUCAGCGGCAGGAAUUAGGAUGGAAAGUCCUUUAGGCCCACCAGCUCCAUGAAAUCCCUGCCUUUCUUCCCUUCGCUCCUCAUAGUCCGUGGAAGGAGGGGCUCAGAAAGAAAAUCAUAAAAAUCUCUGCUAGUGUAAGUUGAAUUUCCCAUAAUAAACUUCUGAU